UAAACCGGUAUCGCACCGGUUCAGAAUCCAGUGAAUUUUGGAAAGUGCCCAUAGGUGACUUUUGUAAUAGUUGACAUUUCCAUCCCCACCCUGAGUUUUGUUUGGUGUGUGUUCUCUAAAAUAAAAACAAACAAACCUUAAGCAGUCGCUAGGCUGUCUAGCCGCUAGCCGUUUUUUAGAUUUUGAUUUUGUUCCUGGAUUUUUUUUAUCAGUUUAGUUUUUUAAUCAUUCGGAUUUUAUAUGUAUGUUUCCAGUAUUAUUUCAAAUACAUAAAUUUCUGUUUCAUAAAGUACUUCAGUGCUAGUUAAAAUUUGUUCCUUCUACAAGUACUACAGAUUACAAGAAUAUGCCUGUGCCUUCUAGAAUAUUUUUGAGUCUCACAGACAAAGACUCCUACCAAUGUUGCCUAUUGAGAAAUGGCUACUUACAAUUCACUGUAAAAGCUCUUUAUUUUACUGAUGUAAAUAUAGGAUUAUUUGUUGAAGAUGACAUGUCUCAAGUCAAGACUACUGGAGAACCAGAAUAUGUUAUAAACCUUGCUUCGCAAGGGGUUGAUAGCAAAAUAGAAUUAUGUAAAAGAAGCAUUGUCGGCUGUGUUCAACGCAUCCCCUCUCCAUUUGUUUUAAUAGUUAAUGAAUGGAGGGGUUUCUGGGUUUCAAUCUCAAAUGGAUGCAUUACUUUUGGAAAAGAAAAUGAAUCUGAACCAAUUAUAAAUUGGAAUGACAUAAAUUUAAAACCAGUGGUUAAGUUGGGAUUUCAAGUUAAUUCCUAUGAUGAACCUGACUCUGAAGAUGAAGGAUGUAUAGAAGAAGCAGAAGUAGCUAUAGACAUAGCAACAAAACCUCCAUCAACUUCAGUAAGCUGGAUUAAAUGUUCUCACGGCCAAUUACCAGAUAAUGCAAUAGUUGGUGGUGAUCAUGCUGGUGAUGCUGUCUAUGUGAUAAGAUCUAUGAUACAUAACGCUCUAACUCCAGGACAACUUAUACACAGCACUGCAUAUGCUGAAGUUUGUUGGGGCCGUAAAGGGGUUCGUAUGGACGACUAUGAAGUGCUUGCAAAUUUUGAUGGAGAUUGGGUAAAAUACAAGGGAGAUAAUAUUCCAGCUCUUGCUUUGGAAGCAGGCCGGUCUGAUGAUAAUUUUCCUCUCUACAUAGGCAGAACAAGUUACCACGGCUCUAUUAUAGUAGGAAAGGUACAGCCCAAUUACAAAACUUUAAGUAUUCCAUAUGAUGGAUCUGAAGUAGCUUUUAAGGAGUUUGAAAUACUUUGCCACAAACCACCUGGACUAUCUACAAUUCCUCAUCCUUUACCGUUAGAUCAGGUGGAUAUGAUUAAACAAGAUGUUAAAUGGGUUUAUUCUUGUCAUGGCAGAAUACCAAGGAAUGCUUUUGUUAUAGGAUACCAAGAUGGCCGUUCUCUAGUUCUAAUUCGAGUAAAGCUCUUUGGGUAUUGGUAUCCUGGAUGGUUAUGUAGCGGUGAGUCUAUUCCGCAUGUGUUCGCCUCUGAUAAUAGAGAAUUGGAGGAAUACGAGGUUUUGUGUGAUUUCAAGGGAUAUUGGGAGAAAGCUGUAAAUUUCUCAGUUCUAAAAAACGCACUAACCUUGGACAUGACACAUGGCACAGAAAAUGUGUACGUGGGGAGAUUCUGGCAUCAAGGUGAUUUAAUUUGUGGGCCAAUAAGAUGUACACAGCCAAAUGAAAAAUUGGUUUGCAUUGCUUUCCACAAAACCGACCUAAUUGCAGAGGAAAACUUUGAAAUACUAUGUUAUCCAAAUGAGGUUUUUUCCACCACUAAAAAUGGUUUGAAAAACCUGAGCUGGGAUCUUUAGCUAUUGUUUGCAAACCAGACUUUGUGACCGUAAUGUAUUAUUAUCCAGUAAGGAGGCAAAAUGCCAAUGAAUGAAUGAAUUGUCCUGAGGGUUUUUUUUUCUUCAAUAGAAUUUUCUUUUUUAGAGCAAAAAUUCAGAAAUAAAUUAAAAUUUGUAGGUACCAUCCCUACAAAAUGUCUUGCCUUUUCAAGUAUUAAUAGUAUUAUACAAGGACAAUUUUUUGUGUGAUAAUUGUUUUUUUUUUAAAUAAAACAAAUUAAAUGUGCCAAAAAAAAAAAAAACAAAACAAAAAUUGUUGAAUGUUUGUUAUUCAAUAACAAUAAUGUGAUAUUCUGGUUGAGGGUAGGUAAUAAGUUAGUAUGUAGUAUGAGGUACUCUUGCAAUUUUCCCGAUACAUAGAUCUGAAUCAGUAUUGUGACUAAUGUAUUUUUUGAACUGCUAUUGAAAAAUACUUUAUAUUUUGUAAUUUUGCAAUAAGGUCCAAUGUUGAAUGUUAGAACAAAAGUUUGUUAUUUGGUAACAAUAAUGUGAUAUUGUUGUUAAGAGGUAGUAAGUUAGUAGUAUGAGGUACUCUUGCAAUUUUCCCGAUACAUGGAUCUGAAUCUAUUGUGACUAAUGUAUUUUUUGUAAGAAUUGCUAUUAGAAUAUGCUUCCUAUUUUUUAAUUUUAGAAUAAGGGUUAAAGUUGAAUGUUAGAACAAAAUAAGUUUUAAAAAAAUAUUCAUACCACAUACCACUGUUUUUAAAUAUUUGUAU